AUCUGGAAGAAAUAUGCAGGAAGAUGAUCACACCAAUCCCAAUGUAGAUGAUCACGAUGGAACAGCUAAGGCUUGGCUAGAGAUACAAGGCUCCGGAGACAGUGAAGUGAAAAGCGUCAUAGUAGGCGAAAGCACUACAUUGAGACUCAAGGCAUGGCUUCCAGAUGGUGUGGACUCUCGUGUGGUGGAUUGUAUAGCGCAUGACGGUGCAGGAGAAAGUUCUCAAUCACUGGUGGAUGCCGAAGGGUGUCCUGUGGACAGGAUAUUGGUUCCAGCCUUCGAACAGACAGUCACACAAUCCUCAUCAGCCCUCAAUCUACACCAGCACUCCACAUCGUUCCCUGCUUUCAAGUUCCCGGAUCGGAGUGCUCUCCAUAUUAGAUGCGGCCUCAUGGUUUGCUCGCAUGCCUGCUCAAUGCUUGACUGCUCGGCGACCAAAGAGGAGGAGGACUCCAGCCGUAGAGAUCGCAAACUAAAAGAAGUUUUGGACCGUGUCCAAUUGUUCAACAGCAUAGAAGUGGUAGCGCCAGGCAUAGAAACUGAUGCACUCACCAGAAUUAAUCACCUACGUCAUCAGAGUGGUGAGUUGGGGGAGAAAUGGGAUGUUGGAGAAGGAGAGCAACCUGUCUGCAUAGCAGCGUCUCGCACAGCGGCGGUUUGGUUGGCAUGUGCAGGCGUAAUGUUCAUGAUGGCAUUGCUCGCUUCGCUGUGUGUUCUCAUUAGGUCGCGCAUGCGACAAACAAAACUUACCGACGAACGCAAUCGGCUUCUAUUUGUACCACCGUUUGUCUGGUGAAAUUCCAACUA